GACUGCUUACAUUCCAACUGUCUGUUCAGUAGAAGCUAUACUCAUCCCUACAGCUGCCAUUCCCUGAGUUGUACUCAAAUGAUGUCACUGUCAGUAAAAAAUCCAAUUCUCACAAGCCCAGUCAAAUGUACACAAUGCACAGUACAAGAGACAGACCCAGCAUUAGCAGGUCAGUAUUAA